AUGCCAUGCUCGUUCAUUCUUUACGUACCGUACACACCGUGCGUGCGCGCCCUCCGCGCGCCUUACACGUCCCGCGUCUUGUCCGACGCCUUGCUGUCCGAGCUCUCCGGCUCCAGCGACGUGCGGCCUUGGUUGCGCUCGCGCUUGAACACGUGCUCCAUCUCUGUGUCCUUGUACAUCCACUUGAUGCCUGCGUACCCGACGACGCCGAGCGCGCCGAACCCGGCCAGGUACCCGAAGAACUGCGAGGGCGGCGUGUCGGCCCUCUGCUCGUGGUUGGCUCUCUGUGACAUGUUGGUGAGACGUCUGACGGCGAUUCUGCAGGAGGCUGGUCUCAUUAUGUGGUGUGCUGGUGUGCUGGUGUGCUACUGUGCUCUAGCCGGCUCCGCGGGCCCAGGCCGAUAUGUACGCGCGGCCUCGCCGCCCUUAUAUACUGCUGCCACGGGCCUGUGCGCCCCUACGCCAGUACCCCGCGACGCUGAGCAAAGCGCGCUAGCUGGCAGCAAUGCUGGCGGGCGUGCCCGCCGCAACCUCAAGGCGGCGCCGCAGACGGGGCGGCAGGGGAGGCACAACGGCGCGAUUUAUAGCGGAAGCAUACACAAGGGAUACGUAGAGACGGGCACAGACGCGCAUACGUAG